GUCUUAGCCGUGGUUUCACAUGUGCUCUGUGUUUAUAACAGUCAGCGUCGUUGCCGGGAAAACGUAAAUCUACAGAUCAGCCACCGGUGUCACGUUACAUGAUGGGGGGAAACGACAGAAAAAGCGCCAAGAAGCUCGCAUCCCAGGAUCAGCUGAGGAUACGGGAACUACUGGAUCAAGUUCUGGACAAAUGCACGACAAUGCCUUCCGGGGAUGCAAAGAAGGAAUGGAAAGAUUUUUUAGAAGUUCAGAAGCUGCUUCAGGAAGUUCGAGACCUGGAAAAACCUCUAUCUCCAAACCUCCCAAAGCGAUCCAACAUGUGGCCGGCAUUUCUCAAAUGGUGCUGUGAUAAUGGUGCUUAUCUUGGAAGCGUGUCUAUAAAAGACUUACCUGGUGGAGAAUACGGCUUAAUUGCUGAUGAACAAAUUGAGGAAAGCAAUCAAUUUCUUGGUGUGCCUUUGAAGCUUAUGAUGACUACGGCUACAGCAAAGAAAUCAAAGCUUGGUCCUCUUUUAAGAGAUGAUCCUAUAAUGAUGAACAUGUCUAAUGUGGCUUUGGCCAUGUUUCUCAUCCUUGAGUUCUGUGCUGGUGAAUCAUCUUUCUGGCACCCUUACAUAUCUACUCUGCCAGCAUCAUUCAAUACUGUACUGUACUUCAGUAUUGAAGAACUUGAACUCCUACAUGGUUCAACUGUACUUGAUGAAGCAUUGAAGUUGCACAGAAGUAUCGCUAGGCAGUAUUCAUACUUUCACAAGAUUUUUCGGACACAUCCUCUUGCCAAGAGCCUUCCUUACAAGGACUGCUUUACAUAUGACCUGUACAGGUGGGUGGCCGUUUCGGCUGUGAUGACUCGGCAGAACGCGGUGCCCUUGACGGACACCGCUGGCGUAGAAGAGGAGGACGGUACGGACGCCAUGACUGCCAUGGUUCCCCUCUGGGACAUGUGCAACCACAGUGACGGAAAGAUCUUCACUGAUUACGACAUAUCGGCCAAUAUGCUACGUUGCUACGCCAUGCGGGACUUCGAAAAAGGACAGGAGGUGACAAUCUUCUACGGGAGGCGCACCAACGCCGAGUUCUUCAUUCACAAUGGAUUCGUGUUCCCGGAAAAUCGACAUGACUCCGUCGACAUCAAGCUGGGUAUCAGCAAGCAAGACCCUCUGUACGGCGUCAAGGCAAAGCUGUGCGAUGAUCACGAACUCACUCCGAGCGGCAUAUUCGCACUUGUUCCUCGAGAGCGUCCGGUGUGCGAUGACCUCUCCACUUUUCUCAGGAUUCUUGUGAUGAAAGACGCCUCGCAAGCCGCCUCGUUCACCGACGAGCACAUCAUGGUCGCGACCGACGACAAUGCUCAGCAGGCACUCAACUUCCUCGUCGUCCGCAUUCAGCUGCUUCUCAGGGCAUUCCCAAAAAGUGAACAGGAGUACGAGAGGAUCGUCGGUGACGAAGGGUCCAGCGGCCGAAUCAAGAUGGCGGCGCAGCUGAGGUUGCUGGAGCAUAGGAUCUUGGCCACCGUGCUGGAGACCUUGAAACAGUGCGCGAACCAGCGCGCCCAAACCUAAAGAAACGUUUUUGUUUUUACUUCUACAGCGUUUCCCGUGCGGUGACGAAUACCAAAUCCGCGUCAGCCGUCGCGUCACUUGAGAGCUGGCGAACCGCUGCUGCAAUUGCGCCGAUGUUUCGCGAUACGAAGUGCGCCGCUCGUUGGCGUAUUGCGAGUGCACUAGGUUAAGAUGAAGCAGGUGCAUGCCUAUAGUGAUGUCCAGCACGGCACGUGUAUAUUUCAUGUGUUUGGAGGAAUAGUUUGCUUCGACACGUGACUGCUGCUUAUAACGCUGUAUUACCUUCAGUACUGCCAUCUAGAUAAAUCAUCGAUGAGGUAACAGGACGAAUAGUUAACUUUGACAUGUUACACGCGUCAAAAAAGACCAUUCGUCAUGUGGCCGCACUGAUGGUUUGCCUGGAUGGCGCUAUAUAUAAGAGGCUACCAUGCAAUGGUUGACAUUAGAAAAAGCAGUCAACUAGCUUAACCUGUCUUUUAUUAACUGUGCCUUAUUGCAAUAUGGCAUCGUCAAUUAGGAGGUAAAUGAAAUUUGCGCGUUACAUUGUCUACUGAUAACUGCACAGGGCAUUCUGCUCUCCGAUUGUAAUGGUAUUGUACGGUAAGGAUAGGUAUAUCUCAAGACUUUACUGUGGGUGACUAAAUGUGGGGCUGGUGUUACGGUAAUGAAAGGUUUUAAAUCGCUCGACCGUCCGUCGUAUCGUCGCAGUGACGUUGCAGCGUAGUCUUCACAUGCUCAAGCUGCAAUAUGCAGUUCUAUGUUCCGGAUUAGAAUUAGCGGAAGUUCACAAGCUCGGGUGAAUACAGAUUGCAGAAAUGGUUUAGCGGUGGCUGUUCGCUAGAGCUCUCAAAUUACGGCCGAAAAUAGCCGUUUACCGUGGCAUUUUACGGGGUAGUGUUUGCUGCGGGCAUGGUUCAAUGGGAUUUACUAAACUCGUCAAGGCUGUCGUCUGCCGCACAGAAAAAAAAAAAGACACAACAUUGUCUGCAAAUGUCAACAAAAAGCUCUUAUUUAUUUACGUGAGUAAAAGUGAUUGUAAGACUUG